GCAAACUUCUCUCUCUCUCUUUCCAGCACUUUCUGGUUUCUUCUCCCUGACAAUCUGUUCUGCUGACUGACAACAUCCACUCUGACCCUGUGGAGGAAACGACUUCACCUCUCUUUUGAGUUCUUAUCCUUCACUUGCUCUCAGCUGAUCCGUGACUGGUAUACAUUCGGGAUAGCGGUUAGGUAGUUGAACAUUCACACUUUGGGGGCUGCGUGUGUGUAUGUGUGUAUGUGUUUGAGUGCGCGGGAGUCAGUAUGCCAUGUCGUCCCCUGGUUCGUCGUUUGUGCAGAUAAAGCAUGAGGACUUGCUCUUCUAUGAGAACUGUGGCGGAGGCAGCUUUGGGAGCGUCUACAGAGCCCUUUGGAUAUCCCAGGACAAGGAAGUGGCUGUGAAGAAGCUUUUGAAGAUCGACAAAGAGGCUGAGAUUCUCAGUGUACUGAGUCAUAAGAACAUCAUUCAGUUUUAUGGAGCUGUGCUGGAAUCUCCCAACUAUGGCAUUGUCACAGAAUAUGCUAGUGGUGGGUCUCUGUAUGAGUACCUUGCCAGUGAGCAGAGUGAAGAGAUGGACAUGAACCAGAUCAUGACAUGGGCUAUACAGAUGGCUAAAGGGAUGCAUUACCUGCAUGGAGAAGCUCCAGUCAAAGUGAUUCACAGAGACCUAAAGUCCCGAAAUGUGGUGAUGACAGCAGAUAAAGUGCUUAAGAUUUGUGACUUUGGAGCAUCUAAGUUUCUUUCCCAUACCACCCAUAUGACAGUGGUGGGCACUUUUCCCUGGAUGGCUCCAGAGGUCAUUCAGAGCCUGCCUGUCUCUGAGACCUGUGACACCUACUCCUACGGUGUGGUGCUAUGGGAGAUGCUGACUCGGGAGGUUCCGUUCAAAGGUUUCGAAGGGCUGCAGGUUGCAUGGCUGGUGGUGGAAAAACAAGAGAGGCUGACCAUUCCCACCAGCUGUCCAGCAAGUUUUGCAGAGCUGAUGAGGAAAUGUUGGCAAGCAGAGCCAAAGGAGCGUCCGCAGUUCAAGCAGGUGCUGGCAACCCUGGAGACCAUGGCUAACGAUAGCAGGCUACCGGACCAGUGUAACUCCUUCCUACACAACAAGGACCAGUGGAGGUGUGAAAUUGAGUCAACCUUGGAGCGCCUCCGGAAGCUAGAGAGGGAACUUUACUCCAAGGAGAAGGAGCUUGAGGAGAGAGAGAGGAGGCUCAGACUGUGGGAGGAGAGGCUAAUGGAGAGGUCCAACAUGACUCCCAGCCCAACCUCCCUACUCAUGGAGCGCUCCAAUAUCUCACCGUUCUUCACACCGAUAUCCAUCAGCAGCUCCUCUGGCUCGUUCUUUCGCUCACACUCUCAAGACUCCAACAGCGCGGGGGUCAGCAGUGCUGGUGUCAGCUCUCUCCUUCGCACACUCAGCAACGGAGACACAGAGAGGGGGAGCAGUGCGGUCCUGGAGAGAGGGAUGGGUUCACUCGACAGCGCGAGGCUGCACGCCAUGAUCCGAGGGUUGCAGGGGAGGUUCGGGGAGGAGGAUGAGGAAGAUGAGGGUACCCUAGAGGAGAAAAGCUGGGGCCAGAGGGACAGAGACGAUAGUGGGAAUUUGGAGGGAGGAAGGGUGCAGGUGACACUCAGGAGCUUCCCUGGUGGAGUUGUGGAGAGGGAGGAGAGGACAUGGGAGGAAGGAGACAGGGAGAGGGGAGGUAUGCAAAGAAGCAGGGUGACUACUAUUGUCCGAGGGUACUCAGGGGGAUUUGGAGAGGCAGAAGGAGAGAGGGAGAGGGAGGGAGGAUGGGAGAUAGAAAAACUCGGGGACACACUAGAAGAGAGGGGGGUGGAGGGUGGGCUCGAAGGAGGGAGGCUCCCUACCAUGUUCAAGGGUCUCCAUGGCAAUAUGGGGGGCUUUGGGGACAUGCUGUCUUUAGAUAUGGAUGAGAUGGGGGAGAUGGACAGACUGGGUGACAUGGACAUGGACAUGAACAUGGGCGACCUGGGAAUGAUGAAAGUCAUUGGUCGUGGUGUCAGAAGUGAGCUAGGGGUCAGGGGUCACAGGAGUGACAUGGGAGUUGUAGUCCAGGGAGUCAGAGGCGAUGUCAGCGAGGCCAUCAGCCAAAAGAUUAGGGGUGAAGUGGGUGUCAUCGGUCACUCUGGGGUGCAGGUGAGCAUGCGGGCAUCGUCUAAUCAAAACUCUGUUAAGAGCUGCAGCGUGCGACACGGAACCAAGAUCAACAUGGCCACCGCAGCCAUGGACAUGAUGGAGCUCGACUGGUCUGACAGUGAUUAA